AUGGCCGACACCCUCGCCCUUCUCUCCCGGGUCCACAGCCAACUCGUCCGCACAUCCAACGACCAGAUCAGGGACUUGACCGAGGUGCUCAUCUGCUUCAGCAAGCUCCAGCGCUCCCAGAAGGACCACCCACACCCGGCGUCUCGCGGAUCGGGUGACGACAACACCACCCGCGGCUCGCUCCCGGCCGAGAUAUACAGGUCGGGCAGUCGGGCUAGCCAUAGGUUCAGCCACUCCCACAGCCCCAGCAAGCUCCGCCACACGAUCGACCUGAGCCCGUUGAGCGCGAUCAGCUCGCACGACGACUCGCCGCUCUCGCGCGCCAAGCCCGCCGAGCCGCUGCGUCCCAACACCCGCUCGGCGACGGCUUGUGGGCCCCACCACCAGCGCGCUUCCACCAUCUCCUUCACCCACCACCGCGAGCUGUCCUUCGACGGCCUCCCCGUCCAGCACGUGCGCGCCAAGAACCGCAUGUCGGCCACCUCGAUCCGCAGGAUCGGCCCCGCCCUCUACGGCCCCGGCCCGUCCAACCCCCACCAUGCCUCCUCUUCCUCGCGGCGGCCGGGCGAGGAGGGCGUGGAAGUGGACGAGUUCGGCCUCGUCCGCAGGCCCAGCAUGCUCGCCCUGCGUCCCGACCCGCACCCACGCCCCGAAAGCGCCUGGAGCAGGCCCGAUACCGCCACCACAAGCGUCCGGCGCGGCUCGGCCCACUCCGCUGCAGGCUUCCCCAAGACCCCGCCCCGGCUGCCCACCUCCUCGCUCUCCCAGACCACCGCGCUCUCCAACGUCUCCCCGACGAACCCCGCCCGCGGCUCCGUCGACGGCCCGCGCCGCCUCCUUGCUGCUGCUGGGGGGCUGGACACGGGGGCCCGGCCGCCGAGCUCGAUGGGCCGGAUCCUCGGGCGCGCCAACGGCGUCUUGGCCCGCGUCGACCGCUACCCGUCCAGCGUCGCACUCUCUCGGAUCGGCCUGCGCUCCCGGCACGACCUCCCCCAUCUCCCGAGCGAGGCCGAGGACGACUUCGAGGACGAUGAUCUGCGCUCCGGCGCCGACCGUCGGCGCUGUCGGCCCGGACGCGCGCCGGAUGCCAGCCCUACGCCCGACGCCUAUCGGCGGCCCUCGGACUCGUCCACCCUGGGCGCUGUCCCGGCCCGGUUCCCCCGUCGCUCGUCCCCCCGUCGCUCAUCUCCCCGUCGCUCCUCUCCCCGCCGAACGUCCCCCCGCCGAACGUCUCCCCGCCGAACGUCUCCCGUUGACGGACACAGGACCAGGCCGCGGAAGGCCUCCUUCCAGGCCCUGUUCGGCGGGCUGCGAAGGUCGUCUUCCAGCAUCGCUGCGCUCAACAAAAAGUAG